AUGACUGAGUGCUUUCAUGGCACAGUCAUUGCUUGGGCUCGACAGGGAGGUCUCUUCAAACCGAAGCACGCAAGGAUCAACUCAUUGGAGGAUCCUAGCCUAGGCGUUGACGAUAUGUGGAAGGAAUGGAUUCACAGAGAAGAGUCUAUCCGACUUCUUCUCGGACUCUACAUCCAAGACUCCGAGUUCUCAGUCACAUUCCAUCACGAGCCACUACUUAGGCAUGCUCACGGCAGGAUUCCUCACUGUUGUUCAGAUGAGGCUUUCUUCGCGCCCAAUGCCGCCGAAUGGUAUAGACUUAUCAGGCGGAAUCAGUCAAUCAGCAACAAUGGAGGUGAGGCCGAUUCUUCCAUGUCGCAGCCUUCCGUAUCAGCCCCUGGUUUUCAACAAGCACACAUGCUUGCGUAUGCGUCGUUGGCCAAUAUCGUGGGUUCGAUCCAGGAAACAAAGGCGUGCUGCCUGGACAAAGCAGCAAUCGAUCAGUUCAGGGAAGCGUUUCUGUCAUGGCACCAGGUGUACGUCGGCCACUUCCCACGAAAUCAGCCUAACUACAUCAAUCUCAUGAUAUGGUGGCAUGCAUCGUUCAUGGCACUGUACGCCGAUGCCGACCUCCUGGAGCGUUCUAUCGGCUGUGACGGUCGAGAGGUCGCCGAGCAGCCCAAGAAAGAAAUCGACGAGUGGGCCACCUCUUCGGAAGCCAGGAAGGGCGUCUUGCACGCACUGUUGGUUCUCAAACACCUGGAAAUGCUCCCAAUCUGGUCUGAUCCAGCAAUACACGUUCCCAAGGCGGUCUUCUACGCUGCCAUGGCCGUGUACAGUUACAUCAAGUUCAUGCCAAAGACGGGCUCCUGCUAUACGCCGUCGCAAGACGAGAUCGCGAUCCCUGAACUUCAGGUUUCUGAACCAGUCGGCCCUUCGCAGACAGGGAAGAAGCAGACUGAUCCGUCUUCGUUCCCACCGGUCGAGUCUAGCACGCUCUGCAGCGCGAUGGAUCUGUUGCGGCGGAUUGGGCACUGGGAGAUUUCCCGGAAGCUAUCAUCAAUACUGGAGGUGUUGAUGGAUGAUCUUGUAGUUAACUAA